CUGCAGAAGCACCAACCAAGUGCAGCUGGCAUGCUUCCAUGAUGUCUCUUAUAUAACCUGGGGCACUAAUGUAGAAAUAAGUUAAACAUUCCUAAGUCAGGCUCAUAUUGCUUGUCUUAGUGUCAACAGUGCUCACUUGUCCCGUGGUGUGUGGGGCUGAUCUUGGAGGGGGUAUCUGUGGUCCCUAUACAUUGUAUUUUGGAAGAUACCUGGCAUGGCUUCAGGAGGGACAGGGGAUGAACUUGUCUUCUUUGUGAAUGGUAAAAAGGUAGUGGAAAAAAAUGUUGACCCAGAAACAACUCUAUUAAUCUACCUACGAAGAAAAUUGGGCCUAUGUGGAACAAAGCUAGGCUGCGGAGAAGGUGGAUGUGGUGCUUGUACAGUUAUGAUAUCCAAGUAUGAUAACCUCCAAAAGAAAAUCACCCACUACUCUGCAAAUGCUUGCCUCUUCCCCAUCUGUGCCCUGCAUCAUGUAGCAGUAACUACUGUGGAAGGCAUAGGAAACACAAAAACAAGGCUGCACCCAGCCCAGGAGAGAAUAGCAAAAAGCCAUGGAUCCCAGUGUGGCUUUUGCACGCCUGGCAUUGUCAUGUCCAUGUAUGCCUUACUUCGCAACGCACCUGAGCCCAACAUGGAGGAGAUAGAAGAUGCUUUUCAAGGAAACCUGUGUCGCUGUACUGGAUACAGACCAAUUCUGGAGGGGUACAGGACGUUUGCUAAAUUUUUGUCCAUGCAGGAUUGGGGUUGCUGUGGGAGAGCAGCCAAUGGCCCAGGGUGCUGUAAGACUGAAAAGGAAAACAGUGCAAACCAGGGCUGCUGUGGAAAAAGAGGCAAUGGCCCAAGUUGCUGCAUGAAUGAAAAAGAAGAAAAUGCAGUAACAAUAUCUUCCAGUUUGUUCAAUCCAGCAGAGUUCCAGCCUUUAGAUCCCACACAGGAGCCUAUCUUCCCACCAGAGCUACUGGUCAGUGACUUUCGAACUGGGAUAUGUAUACUACCCUGGGGGUAUGCAGCUCUUUACCAAGAGACUCAGAAUAGCAAACCCCAUAAACAAUUGUGUUUCAAAGGCGAGCGUGUGAUGUGGAUCCAGCCCACAACACUCCAAGAAUUGGUAGCACUCAAAGCCCAGCACCCCAGUGCCAAGCUUGUGGUAGGGAACACAGAAGUGGGUAUCGAGAUGAGGUUAAAGAAUAUGCUGUACCCAGUGAUAUUAGCACCUGCUUGGAUUCCUGAAAUGAAUUUUGUUCAGCAUACAGAUAAAGGGAUUGCCUUUGGUGCUUCCUGCACCCUGAGCUUGGUGGAAAAGGUGCUGAGUAAAGCUGUAGCUGAGCUACCUCCUUACAAAACAGAGGUGUUCAAGGCUGUACUAGAACAACUGCGAUGGUUUGCAGGGCUGCAGAUCAGAAAUGUUGCAUCUCUUGGAGGGAAUAUAAUGACUGCCAGUCCAAUUUCUGACCUAAACCCUGUAUUUAUGGCAAGUGAGACCCAACUGACUUUGGCAUCAACAGAGGGCAAAAGGAUUGUAACAGUGGAUGAAAAGUUCUUUACUGGCUACAGAAAGACAAUGCUAAAGCCUGAGGAGAUACUGUUGUCAAUUGAGAUACCCUACAGCAGGAAGGGUGAAUAUUUCUCAGCCUUCAAGCAGGCUACUCGGCGUGAGGAUGACAUUGCUAUAGUGACCUGUGGAAUGAGAGUCCUGUUUCAAGAGGACAGCCACCGAGUGCAAAAGAUUAAACUGAGCUAUGGAGGAAUGGCUCCCACAACUGUACUAGCAGUAAAAACUUGCCAGAAACUCAUUGGGAGAGACUGGAAUGAAAAACUGAUGCAGGAGGCCUGCCAUUUGUUGGCAGAUGAGAUGAACCUGUCUCCUUCAGCUCCAGGUGGGAUGGUGGAUUUCCGACGCAUACUCACACUCAGUUUCUUCUUUAAGUUUUACCUGACCGUGCUUCAGAAAUUAAGCCAGCAGCUCAAUGGCAAUAAUAACUUGAGCGAGAUGCUUCCCUCCAGUUACCUGAGUGCCACUGAGCUGUUUCACAAAGAUCCCAUUGCCAAUGUCCAGCUUUUCCAAGAAGUGCCUCCAGGACAAGCUGUGGAAGAUACGGUGGGCAGACCCCUGGUGCACCUUUCGGCGGCCAAACAGGCAUGCGGGGAGGCUGUCUACUGUGAUGACAUACCUCACUAUGAAAAUGAACUCUACUGUACAUUGGUUACCAGCACCAAAGCUCAUGCCAAAAUCAUUUCUGUAGAUACAACUGAAACCCAGAGUGUCCCUGGCUUUGUGUAUUUCAUCUCUGCUAAGGAUAUUCCUGGGAGCAAUGUCACUGGGAUUGCUAAUGAUGAGACUGUCUUUGCUGAUGACACAGUUACUUGUGUGGGCCAUAUCAUUGGUGGAGUUCUCGCAGACACUCAAGAACAUUCCCGAAAAGCUGCUAAAGCUGUGAAGAUCAAAUAUGAAGACCUCACACCUAUUGUCACAAUUGAGGAAGCUAUUGAGAAAAAGUCCUUUUUUAAGCGUAUAAGGAAGAUUAACAAAGGAAAUGUCCAGAAAGGAUUUGAAGAAUCUGACCACAUAUUGGAAGGGGAGAUGUAUAUUGGUGGGCAGGAGCACUUUUACCUGGAGACUCACUGUACCGUUGCUGUGCCAAAAGGUGAAGAUGGGGAGAUGGAGCUCUUUGUGUCCACCCAGAAUCUAACAAAGACACAGGAAUUUGUUGCCAAUGUAUUAGGUGUGCCCUCAAAUCGAAUUUUGAUUCGAGUGAAGAGAAUGGGAGGAGGGUUUGGAGGAAAGGAGACCAGAAAUACUAUUUUGUCAACAGUUGUAGCUGUAGCUGCAUUCAAGACUGGUUGUCCAGUACGAUGCAUGCUUGAUCGUGAUGAAGACAUGCUAAUUAGUGGUGGAAGGCAUCCAUUUUUGGGGCAGUAUAAGGUUGGCUUUAUGAACAAUGGGAAAGUCAAUAGUCUGGAGGUGUCCUAUUAUUCCAAUGGUGGCAACUCUGUAGACCUAUCUUAUGGUGUUAUGGAAAGGGCUUUGUUUCACUUGGAUAAUGCUUACAACAUCCCUAAUGUCAGCAGCCUGGGCAUCGUCUGUAAAACUAACCUCUCCUCCAACACAGCGUUCCGUGGCUUUGGUGGUCCACAGGGAAUGAUGAUUGCUGAGUGCUGGAUGCAUGACAUUGCUAUGAAGUGUGGCCUGCCAGCAGAGCAGGUGAGAAAACUGAAUUUGUACAAUGAAGGAGACCUGACCCACUUUAACCAAAAGCUUGAGGGAUUUACUGUGCAGAGGUGUUGGGAAGAGUGUCUGGAGAGCUCAAACUAUCAUGCCAGAAGGAAACUCAUAGAUGAAUUUAACAGACAGAAUCGCUGGAAGAAGAGGGGGAUGGCCAUUAUUCCUACAAAGUUUGGCAUCAGCUUCACUGUUCCCUUUUUGAACCAGGCUGGGGCUCUUCUGCACGUAUAUACAGAUGGUUCAGUGCUGCUUACGCAUGGUGGUACCGAGAUGGGUCAAGGACUUCACACCAAGAUGAUCCAGGUUGCCAGCAGAACUCUGGGAAUUCCCACAUCGAAAAUUUACAUCAGUGAGACGAGCACUAACACAGUCCCAAAUACGUCUCCAACAGCUGCUUCUGUCAGCUCAGACAUUAACGGGAUGGCUGUCUAUAAUGCAUGCCAGACUAUUUUAAAAAGGCUGGAGCCAUUCAAACAGUCUAACCCUAAAGGAUCCUGGGAAGACUGGAUUCAAGCAGCCUAUGUCAACUGUGUGAGCCUGUCAGCCACAGGGUUUUAUAGAAUGCCUGACCUUGGAUAUGACUUUGAUAAAAAUGAAGGGAAGCCUUUCUGCUACUUCACAUAUGGUGUUGCUUCCUCUGAGGUUGAGAUAGAUUGCCUGACAGGUGACCACAAGAACCUUCGUACCGACAUAGUUAUGGAUGUUGGCACCAGCCUGAACCCAGCCAUAGAUGUAGGACAGAUAGAGGGAGCGUUUGUACAGGGCAUUGGGCUCUUUACCCUGGAGGAACUGCGCUAUUCACCUGAAGGAAACUUAUAUACCCGAGGGCCUGGAAUGUACAAGAUCCCUGCAUUUGGAGACAUCCCAUCAGAAUUCUAUGUGUCUCUUCUCCGCAACUGUCCAAAUAGCAAAGCAAUUUAUUCAUCCAAGGCUGUGGGAGAGCCCCCACUGUUCCUCUCUGCCUCCGUGUUUUAUGCUAUUAAAGAUGCCAUCUUCUCAGCGAGGAGAGAGUCUGGCCUGACAGAGCCAUUCAGACUUGACAGUCCUGCCACCCCAGAGAGGAUCCGAAAUGCUUGUGUUGACAUCUUCACCAAACUGUGUCCAUCUGCUGAACCAGGGACCUUUAAGCCAUGGUCAGUGAGGGCAUAAAAGGGAAGAUGAAGAACAAACUCUGCUCAUGAGACUGGCUUUACCUUACAGGACCAAAAGAGAAACAGUAAAGCAGGAGAGGAAUCUGUAUUCAUGUGGCUCAUCCAUUGAUUCAUGAAGCUUUCUAAUUCAAUUGUUGAAUCAUUUCCUUAAGGGAAGGGUAUUGCUGGCAAUUAUUGCUGUGAUGUAAAUGUAAAUGAAGAGUAAAUUGAUGGUUUUGCUGCCUGUGUAAUUGAAAAUUUUACAAGGUUCAUUUAAGUUUGCUGCAAGGAUCAGAGCAAUACUUAUCACUAGUAUAUUGGAAGAGGUGUUUAUUUUUUUUAAUGCAAUUAUAAGAUUCAGCGAUAUGUUAAACCAGGGGAGACUUGGAUGUGUUGAAUCCAGGUGAACCAUCCUUUUUUCGGGUGAACUGUCCCAUCCAAAAGGGUGAGGCAGGACCCUGUGUUUUUUAAUCUGCUUAAAGAGGCCAUAUCCCUACUAAGAAGAAAAAAGGUGGGUUUCAACCUGUGUUAGCGAAUCUGUCUUAAACCUGGGUCUAGGUAAGAAAGUUGUAAUUUUUACACAUGUUGAAAAACCCAUGAGGGUUUUACCAGAUGAUGUGUUAAAAUGACAGCUGCAUUGUUUAUUCUAGUAAUUUUGCACAAGUUAGUUAGCACAUGUUGAAGUACUUUUUAUUUUACCUAGUGAAGACCAGGCCAGAGAUGCUGUGAGGUUUAUCAGCAAGUGCUGACUAGUUUCUGUCCAUAUACCUCUUUUCUGGAAAAGAUUUGAGGACAACAGAAACGCGCAGAAAAAGUAUAGGUUUGGAUAAUAAGGGAAGCUACAGGGUAACUGUACCAAUGAGGCAUAAUCUAGAUGUGAAUAGAAGGCAACUGUGGGUUAAUAGGUUGCCUUCUAGAAGUCAGUGCUCUCAAGAACUCAACCUUUUGUAUGUGAUAAACACACCAGUUUUCACUCCUGCCGUUCCUGAACCCUAUCUUUUUUAAAAACAGCCACCUGUUUUUGGUAAAGAUAGGGGGAUGCAUAAAUAUUGCUGAAUGUACCUGUCUGAUUAAAUAGUUUAAUGCAUGAUUUCAGUGCACUUUGUGAUUAAUGGAAUUUGCAUACAGAACUUUUCUUACAGUCCAGACAUCUGUAAGAAAUCCCUCUUCACUCUGGCCCACCAGAUCCCACCCAUCAAAUGUCAUUCUUCAUGUCAGACUGAUUUUAUGUGGUCAUAACAUCUUACACCUGCACGUAUUAGAUCUCAGAUACACACUGGGUGCGUUUACAUGAGAUGCUAUGGCACAGUAGCAAUGAGCUCAUUGCUACAGCACUGUAAUGUUGCCAGGCCCAAACCGUGAUGGUGACGCUACUGCACAGUAGUAAUGAGCUACUGCACAGCUCUUUGCUACUGUGCAGUAGCAUCUAAAAAUACCUGUGCAGUGAUGGGACUGUGCAGUAACAACUGCACAGUUGGCUCCUUAUGUAGAUGCAGCCACUGUGCCUCCUUAUCUGUUGCAAACUUUCUUGUCAUCUCUCAGUUCCGUGACACUAUUAAAAUGUUUUUCCUUUUUGCACUCCUUAGGGCUGUAAUCAUAUGUAGUAUAAGCAGAUGUAACUCUAGGGACUCUAAUAGGCUUUUAUUCUAAUUUGAAUUUGGCCUGUUUUAUCACUUUAAAAUUCUUGCACAUUGAAACCAAGCUUAACGUUUUAAGCACUCCAAGGUAAACAUUUUGAAAUAUCUAGAACUAAUCUUUAGCUUAAAAUACUAUGAACAUCAUGUAUAUCAUUUUAAAAAGGGAAGUUGUACACACAAGAUGCAGAUGCUAAGUACAGGCAGUCCUUGCACUUACGGCGGGUUAUGUUCCUGGAAAAGGUGCUAUAAGUCGAAACGAUGUAGGUCGAAUCGGAUUUUCCCAUAGAAACAAUGUUAUAAUAGGGGGUUAUGUUCCUGACCAAGGGCCUGAUGCCCAACUUUUUAUAGAAAUGACCAUAAACACCAUAUUUAAAUUAACUAUUUAAUCAACUAAAAAUGA